GUCCAUGCAACAGGAAGUGAAUGUUAUGUGGAGUGCAAUUUCUUCAAUUUCUUGGGCUGUGUAAUGGGAUUGUUCAAGCCUUGCAUGUUAUAGGUGGCCGAUAUGUCUGAAGUUCCAGCAUAUCUAAGAGGCAGAGGGAGAGGGAGAGGCAAUGCUCCUGUUUCUGAUGGUAAAGGCUGGGGCUCCCAGCUGUGGGGCGGUGACAACAGAAGUAACAACAGGACCAAUGGACACCGGAACCAUAAUACUUCAAAUGGACUCCAAGACCAGAAGGGUGACACUGGUGGAAAAAAACAAGAUGUCCGUGGGAAGAAGGGAGAAAGCAGUAAAGUGAAAGGAGGCAAAAGUGAAGAGAAAACUGCUGACAGCGAUGAGAAGUUUCGCCAGGCCAGUGUACAGCACCAACAAGCCAUACAACAGUUCCUUGAGGACCAGCCACAGUCUAAUGGCGAGGAAUCUUCAGAGGAAGAGGAUGACAUCGGCAAUAACAUCCUCUCUUCUGUCUUCAAAUCUUACUCUUCCACUAUUGGUGAUGAGGAGAAGGAUAUCCACCAAGCCCAGGAGGAUCUCAUGUAUUCCUUCAGAUCCGGGGUGUCAGCCUGCCUCGUCUGUAUAGAGACUAUAAAGAAGAAUGAAGCCAUAUGGAACUGUAGUGGCUGUUGUGCCAUGUUCCACAUGCAGUGUAUACAGAAGUGGGUGAAGGAAGGUGUGUACCAACAUAUGUAUCGAUCAGACGAUAACAACAUACCAAAGGAUCUGCCAUGGUACUGUCCGAAGUGUCGGUUGGAGUACAAGCCUUACGAGUGUCCGACUCGCUACAUGUGUUUUUGUGGGAAGGAAGAGGACCCCAAAUUUGACCCCUGGCUAGUUCCUCACUCCUGUGGUCAGACCUGUGGACGUCAGCUAAAACCAGAAUGUGGACACACCUGUCUGCUUCUUUGUCAUCCAGGUCCAUGUCCUCCAUGUCCUAAGACAGUCAGGACGCCAUGUUACUGUGGUAAGAAGGCACCUGUUGUCCGAAGAUGUAGCGCUAAAACCUGGUCUUGUGGUCAGCCUUGUGGCCAGACUCUGACUUGUGGCCAGCAUAAAUGUCAACAGCCAUGUCAUGCGGGCGAGUGUGCCUCAUGUCCUAAAACCAGUGAACAGAAAUGUCAUUGUGGAAAGUUGACAUCAGUACGACCAUGUGCUACCCCGCAGUGGCAGUGUCAACAGGCUUGUGGGAAACGACUGAACUGUGGAAGCCAUGUUUGUGAAAGAAGUUGUCAUGGAGAUGUUUGUGGUUCAUGUCCCAGGGCAGGGGCAAGGACAUGUCCAUGUGAAAAGACAGAAUACAUGUUGCCAUGUACAGAAGAUGUCCCAACUUGUGGUGAUACCUGUGGUAAGAUGUUGGACUGUGGAAUACACAACUGUUCACAACGCUGUCAUGUAGGCCCAUGUGGAACAUGUCGACAGAUGAUUAAGAAGAAAUGCCGAUGUGGGCAGAAGCAGAAAGAAAUUCCUUGCUGCAAGGAGUAUCUGUGUGACACAAAAUGUAGUAACGGAAGAGACUGUGGCAGACAUCAAUGUAAGAGAAAGUGCUGUGAUGGUAACUGUCCCUCCUGUGAACAAACUUGUGGUAAACUACUUGGAUGUAAAAACCACAAGUGUUCCAGUCGCUGUCACAAAGGUGCUUGCUAUCCUUGUCCUCUCACUGUGGAGAUCACCUGUUUCUGUAAGGCCACACGGAUCACAGUUCCCUGUGGUAGAGAGAAGUUUACUAAGCCGCCCAGGUGUAAACAAUCGUGCAGACUUCCUCCAAAGUGUCAUCACCCCGAGCAGAUACCCCACCGCUGCCACUUUGGUGACUGUCCACCCUGCCGUUUGAUGUGUGCCAAGGUUCAUAAAUGUGGCCAUAUUUGUCCCGUAGGUUGUCACACAGCAAUCAGGGUCAAGGUCAAAGAUAAUGUACCAAGAGCAGGCCCCUGGGAAGGUCGCCCUACAGUUAGGGAUGAAAUUGUGGAGAAAAUAUGUCCUCCAUGUCUGGUCCCUGUGUCUGUUACUUGCCUUGGUGGACAUGAGACUUGCAACAUUCCAUGUUUCAAGGCAAAGCCAGAUUCUUGUCUUAGACCCUGUGGAAGACAGCUGUCUUGUGGAAACCACACCUGUUCUCUGAAUUGUCACCAAGUACAGGGGGUGACAGACAACAUACAGGCUGGUGAGACUUGUGAGGUUUGUGAGUCUCACUGUUUGAAGCCCCGCCCCAAGGGUUGUUCUCAUGACUGUACACUCCUGAAGUGUCACACUGGAGACUGCCCACCAUGCCAACAGAUGAACCGUAUGCGGUGCCACUGUGAACUGACUGUACAACACAUCAACUGUGAUAUGUGGUUGAAGGCAGACCAGGCCACAAAAGACACAAUGAGGUCUUGUAAAGGAGCGUGUCCAAAAAAUAUGCCAUGUGGCCAUGUGUGUGGUGUCUCCUGUCAUGCGGGACUCUGUCCACGGAUCGGUUUGUGUGAAAAGAAAGUCACUAUGAGAUGUAAGUGUCGCAGUAGGAAGCAGGAACUGGUGUGUAAAAACGUGCCAGACCGCCAGGCAAAGCUGGAAUGUAACGAGGCUUGUCAGAAGGAAAAAGAGAGGAAGAAAAAGGAAGAAGAGGAGAAGGAGAAGUCCAAGAUAGAGGAAGAGCGUCUGAAGAAUCAGGCAGAGAUAGAGGAGUAUGAGAGAAAGAUGAAAGGAGGGAAGAAACGAAAACCACGGAAACAGCAUGAUGUCACAGUGCAACCGACAUUUGUACAAAAAUAUGGGAAAUAUUUGGCUUUAUCUGUAGUUAUAGGAGUUUUAGCCGUGUUUGCCUAUCAUUUACUACAGAUCUAAGUAACACUUCGACAGUUAAACAUUCGUUACAGCAUCACACAACUUUAGUGCAAAUUUCAGAUACUGAAGUAGUGAAGAUUUGUCACAAUGAUAUUGACUUUCAAAUUGAAUAUGUCCACCAUUUAUUGUCAAAGAUAAAGUGAAGGUAAUCAUUGUUUUCUUUACAGUAAAUAUAUUCAUGUUUGCUUUCUAGUACUAUGCAAAAGAAGGAGUAAGAAUAUAAAUAGUUACUAUAAUUAAUGAGAAGUUAGUUCUUUCACUGUGAACUGUUCUCCUGUGCCUAGUCUUUAGAAUUAGGCGAGAUGAUUCGAGAUGUAUGCAGGGUGGUGGCAGGAUCUUUAAAAUUGUAUUUUUAAGUUAACCUAUCAUUUGAAUAUGUGGUCUGGAAUAUUAUCUUGUCAUUAUUAUAUGUCUAAAUACAACAGGUGUGUGGUAUUGGUAAUCCUGAUAUCUAUGUGUUAAGGAGAUGUGUCUAAAUACAACAGGUAUGUGGUAUUGGUAUUCCUGUUAUCUGUGUUAAGGAGAUGUGUCUAAAUACAACAGGUGUGUGGUAUUGGUAAUCCUGAUAUCUGUGUUAAGGAGAUGUGUCUAAAUACAACAGGUGUGUGGUAUUGGUAAUCCUGAUAUCUGUGUUAAGGAGAUGUGUCUAAAUGCAACAGGUGUGUGGUAUUGGUAUUCAUGUUAUCUGUGUUAAGGAGAUGUGUCUGAAUACAACAGGUGUGUGGUAUUGGUAUUCCUGAUAUCUAUGUGUUAAGGAGAUGUGUCUUAAUACAGAAUGUGUCACCAUGGUAGUCCUCAAAAACAAAGACAUGUCUUUUACCACUUCACCUAAAAAUCACUCUGAUUUUGAUAGAUACUGAGAAACCUUUGAGUAUCUUUUUACAGGUACAAGGUAGAUGUAAUAGAACUUGUAGAUUUCUAAUGUUUUAUUUGAGAUCUUGUCACAACUAUGCUUACUUGUGCACAAAUUAAUUAUCUAAAUGUACAAUAUGAUUUUGUCAAGCUCUUUGUCUAGCUGUAAUAUUGAUAACGUAUUGUUAAGUACUAUGAUGGAAACUCUAACAGUUAGACAUUGGGAAGGUGAUUUUGUUUUCUCGCUUUUUGAGAUUAUCAAUGACAUGUUGCUGCUGAUAUUAUCAAUCAUUACCUCAUUUCACUCAAAUUGCAAACAAUUUAAUCAUAUGUUUUUAAAGAACUUAAUACAUUAUUUUGUAUAUCAUAAGUGCAGAAUGUGAUCUUAGUUCACUACAUAUAAAGUGCCUGCAAGAUUGUGUGUAAUUAGUUAUCCAUCUGUUUUCCGUUUGGCUUGCAUCCAAUGUCAACUUCUUGUUAAGAACUAUAAGGCGUAAUUCAAUGACAUUUAUAAAAUGACAUGAUGGGACAAAAGGACAUCAGGUUUGUUUAAAUUAUUUACCUGGAAGUGAAACAGCUCAAAACUCCAGAUCUUAGUUUUCUUUGUAUCAUACAAGUUUAGCAUUUUCAAUGAAAAAAUAGAAAAUAACAUUUUGUAGAACCUUGGAUCGGAUUGUUCCUUUGUAUGGAUCAGAUUGUAACUUGGUAUGGAUUGGAUUGUACCUCGGUAUGGAUCAGAUUGUAACUUGGUAUGGAUCGGAUUGUACCUUGGUAUGGAUUGCAUUGUACCUCGGUAUGGAUUGGAUUGUACCUUGGUAUGGAUCGGAUUGUACCUUGGUAUGGAUCAGAUUGUACCUUGGUAUAGAUCGGAUUGUACCUCGGUAUGGAUCAGAUUGUACCUCGGUAUGGAUCGGAUUGUAACUUGGUAUGGAUCAGAUUGUACCUUGGUAUGGAUUGCAUUGUACCUUGGUAUGGAUUGGAUUGUACCUUGGUAUGGAUCGGAUUGUACCUUGGUAUGGAUCAGAUUGUACCUCGGUAUGGAUCGGAUUGUACCUCGGUAUGGGUCAGAUUGUACCUCUGUAUGGAUCGGAUUGUACCUUGCUAUGGAUCGGAUUGUACCUCGGUAUGGGUCAGAUUGUACCUCGGUAUGGAUCGGAUUGUAACUUGGUAUGGAUCAGAUUGUACCUUGGUAUGGAUUGGAUUGUACCUCGGUAUGGAUCAGAUUGUAACUUGGUAUGGAUCGGAUUGUACCUUGGUAUGGAUUGGAUUGUACCUUGGUAUGGAUCGGAUUGUACCUUGGUAUGGAUCAGAUUGUACCUUGGUAUGGAUCAGAUUGUACCUUGUUAUGGAUCAGAUUGUACCUUGGUAUAGAUCGGAUUGUACCUCGGUAUGGAUCGGAUUGUACCUCGGUAUGGAUCAGAUUGUAACUUGGUACGGAUCAGAUUGUACCUUGGUAUGGAUCAGAUGUUCCUUGGUAUGGAUCGGAUUGUACCUUGGUAUGGAUCGGAUUGUACCUUGGUAUGGAUCAGAUUGUACCUUGGUAUGGAUUGCAUUGUACCUUGGUAUAGAUCGGAUUGUACCUCGGUAUGGAUCGGAUUGUACCUCGGUAUGGGUCAGAUUGUACCUCUGUAUGGAUCGGAUUGUACCUCUGUAUGGAUCGGAUUGUAACUUGGUAUGGAUCGGAUUGUACCUUGGUAUGGAUCGGAUUGUACCUCGGUAUGGAUCGGAUUGUACCUCGGUAUGGGUCAGAUUGUACCUCGGUAUGGAUCGGAUUGUACCUCGGUAUGGGUCAGAUUGUACCUCUGUAUGGAUCGGAUUGUAACUUGGUAUGGAUCAGAUUGUACCUUGGUAUGGAUUGGAUUGUACCUCGGUAUGGAUUGCAUUGUACCUUGGUAUGGAUUGGAUUGUACCUCGGUAUGGAUUGGAUUGUACCUUGGUAUGGAUCGGAUUGUACCUUGGUAUGGAUCAGAUUGUACCUUGGUAUAGAUCGGAUUGUACCUCGGUAUGGAUCGGAUUGUACCUCGGUAUGGGUCAGAUUGUACCUCUGUAUGGAUCGGAUUGUACCUCUGUAUGGAUCGGAUUGUAAUUUGGUAUGGAUCGGAUUGUACCUUGGUAUGGAUCAGAUUGUACCUUGCUAUGGAUCGGAUUGUACCUUGGUAUGGGUCAGAUUGUACCUCGGUAUGGAUUGGAUUGUACCUUGGUAUGGAUCACAUUGUACCUUGGUAUGGAUCGCAUUGUACCUUGGUAUGGAUCGCAUUGUACCUUUGUAUGGUUUUGUUUAAGUUCAUAUUUUGUGUUGAAUUACUGAAAUAUUUAUGAUUUAAAAUGCAACAUAUUGAAAGUAGUGAAUGACCAAACCUCAGACACCAAACCUAAUCACCAAACUUUACCACCAAACCUUAUCACCAAACUGAUUUUGAUGUCAUGGAUGUUUAUAUACAAGGUGGCAUUACUAUUGUAUUAUUGUAUAUGUGUAUAUUCAUUUCUAUUUAUUUAUGUGUUGCGAUACCGGUGUAGCAAUAUGUGCUGGUUACUUUUAGUGAUGUCUGGAUCAUGAAAAAAUCACUGAUACAUUUGCAUCAUAAGAGCUAAUCACCAGAUUAUGAAAAGCUUUAUUGUGAGGUUCUAAUCAUCACUGUGAUUUACACAUUUAAGGAUUUAAUGCUCCUACGUUCCUCCUAUACAUCGACAUAGAAUACUACAGGCCAGUCAUGCUUAACAUGGAGGUAAAAUGUACUCAUCUAUACUAGGUAUAAAACACUCUGUUACACUCCUGUACUAGUAAUAAUACUGUACUAGUUGAAAUACCAUGUUCAGUUACAAUACUGUACUAGUUCUAAGCCCAUAAUUAUUUGAAAUGAUACAUUUAUUGUUUCCUUUGUAUACUAUUGUUGUUGAUUUUACACUACCAAAUCAAUGUGGCAUUUGAAUCAGACAUAAAUAACAAUAAUUAGAUUCAAAGUAAAAUGGUCACUUUUCUUUAUUAACCAAAGUGAGGCAGGGCAAGGUUUCAAGGAAUGACAGUAAAGUAAAUAAAGGUCAAGGUUACAAGGGAUGGAAGUAAAGUAAAUAAAGGUCAAGGUUACAAGGGAUGGAAGUAAAGUAAAUAAAGGCCAAGGUUACAAGGGAUGGAAGUAAAGUAAAUAAAGGUCAAGGUUACAAGGAAUGGAGUAUAAGUAAAUAAAGGUCAAGGUUACAAGGGAUUGAAGUAAAGUAAAUAAAGAUCAAGGUUACAAGGGAUGGAAGUAAAGUAAAUAAAGGUCAAGGUUACAGAAGGUAAAUAUUAUGUUGGGAGUUUACAUAUGAGAUGGUCAAGGUCACGUUGGUUAGGUAAGACACAGAUGAUCAUUGCAAGGAUGAUAUCCCAACAUUAGUUACCAUAGUUACCAUAUCUGUGUUCAUAAAGUGCUGUGUAAAGGUGUUCAUUCCAGGGUCACGUGUCUCUACUUUGCCAUGUGUUAGUGUAAAUAUCAAAAGGUGUGUCGAUGUGACUGUGACUGUUGGUGGUCACCACUGUGUGACUGUUUGUGGUCACCACCACUGUGGCUGUUGGUGGUCAUCACUGUGUGACUGUUGGUGGUCAUCACUGUUUGGCUGUUGGUGGUCACCACUGUUUGGCUGUUGGUGGUCACCACUGUUUGGCUGUUGGUGGUCACCACUGUGUGACUGUUGGUGGUCACCACUGUGUGACUGUUUGUGGUCACCACCAUGUGGCUGUUGGUGGCCAUCACUGUUUGGCUGUUGGUGGUCAUCACUGUUUGGCUGUUGGUGGUCACCACUGUGUGACUGUUGGUGGUCACCACUGUUUGGCUGUUGUUGGUCACUACUGUUUGGCUGGUGGUGGUCACCACUGUGUGACUGUUGGUGGUCACCACUGUGUGGCUGUUGGUGGUCACCACUGUGUGACUGUUGGUGGUCACCACUGUUUGGCUGUUGGUGGUCACCACUGUGUGACUGUUAGUUUUCACCACUGUGUGACUGUUUGUGGUCACAAUAUUAAUGAUGGUGUGACUGUUGGUGGUCACCACUGUGUGACUGUUGGUGGUCACCACUGUGUGACUGUUAGUUGUCACCACUGUGUGACUGUUUGUGGUCACAAUAUUAAUGAUGGUGUGACUGUUGGUGAUCACCACUGUGUGGCUGUUGGUGGUCACAAUGAUGAUGUGCUGUAGAUCUACACGAGGGAGUUGAUGUAUAUAUUUGGCAAUCUGUGAAUUGUAUAUAAUUUUGUUACAAAAUAAUUCUAGUCCAAAGAAGAACUUUUGCAAUUUGUUAUUUACCAAGUUCAGAAUCAGCAGUUUGAUAUGUUAUCUUUAGUUAUAUGUCCUUGGUGGUUUUAAAGUUCAUGUUUUAGAUAUUGUGUUUCAUUUUACUCUUUUCAAAGUUCAGGCAGAUAUUGAUAUAGUGUUAAGUUUUAACUUUUUCAGUACUGUUUUAUUAUUAUCAUAAAGUGCUGUGUUAAUGUGUAUAUUUGACCUUGUUUAAAGAAUUGAAUCUUGAAAAAUACAUCGUGAUAUUGAUUUGUCCGUGAUUUUGUUACAUAUAUGGCCACAACACCUGCUGUACUUUCCAUUGUAAGUUCUGAAGACAUGGCUUCCUACCAACUUCUGAGAAAAAACAAACUUAUUUACUAUUUGUGUUUAAAAAAAUUGUAAGUGAAUCAUGGUGAAAUAAAUGUAUUAAAACAUC